AUGACCUCCCCGAAAGAAAACGUAACUCAGGAUCAUAUCGAACGUGUUUCUUCCACCAUCACUGGGAGCAAGAAGCUGGACAAAAUCGAUACUGUCCAUCAAGAUGAGGCUCUCAAAGUUUUGCUUAAUUAUGAAGGAGAUUCCACUUGGCCACUAGACGAAGAAGCCAAGUUGGUCAGAAAGAUCGAUAGAAGACUUCUAGUCAUUCUCGUCUUGACCUUUGCAAUCCAGUUCUACGACAAGUUUCUGUUUUCCCAUGCUGCCAUCUUCGGUAUGAGAACCGACCUCGAGCUCACAGUCGGCAAUAGAUUUUCUAUGGCAUCUUCGAUCUUUUAUCUUGGCUACAUUGUCGAUGCAUAUCCAGCUACAUUCCUUGCCCAGAAAUUCCCAAUUCACAUCGUGGCCUUUACCAUGGUUCUCCUUUGGGGAGUCUGCGUGCUCGCUGGCGGUUGGUGUAACAGCUUCCGCGAGCUUUAUGUUCAGAGAUUCUUCCUUGGCCUGCUUGAGUCUGGUAUUUCGCCAGUCUGGAUGAUGGUCGUCGGUGGAUGGUAUACAAAGGUAGAGCAAACCUUUCGCAUGGGAGUGUGGUUUGCUGCAGCUCCGAUGAUGGCUAUCCCGGCGCCGCUUAUCAACUUUGGACUUGGCCACAUCAAGGGUUCACUGUCUCCUUGGAGAUACAUGUUUAUCUUUGCAGGCUGUAUCACAAUUGCAUGGGCUUUUGUGAUCCUCUUCUGCAUGGACCCUGAUCCAAUCACUGCCAAACACCUCAGUGACCGAGAAAAGUUCAUCGCUGUAUCACGACUACGUGUAAACAACUCUGGAGUGAGGAACACUCAUUUCAAGAGAGAGCAGGUUUUUGAAGCCCUGAGAAGUCCACUUUUCUGGUUACUUUUCUUCAUGUCUGCGACUGUUAAUACAGUUAACGCGGUUACCUCAACUUUCACGCCUCUUAUCAUCAAUGUCUCUAUGGGAUACACAGGUUUGAACUCCUUACUGCUUACAAUGCCAACUGGAGCGGCUGGAGUAGUUGUCACGCUUGCGCUAUCGUGGAUGGCAACAGUCUUUUCCCGGUACAAUCUAAGGAUCUGGUCCUACACCUUCAGCUCAUCCAUUUUACUCCUGUCGUGUGUUUUGAUUUGGAACGUUCCCCGGAUGGCAAAUGGGUUCAAGUUGACGUGCUUGUAUCUACUGGCGUUCCAUCCGGCAGCUUAUGCCGUAUUGAUGAACCUGUCCAUUGCCAAUGUCGCAGGAUAUACUAAGCGCUCAACAGUGUCCGCUGGAUUAUUUGUUGGCUACUGCGUCGGAAACUUUGCCGGUCCUCUCACGUUUCUCCAGUCGGAAUCGCCGCGGUAUACGACUGGAUGGACAUUCAUUACAGCUUGUCUUGCAAGCAGUAUCAUAAUGGGUAUGGUAUAUCGGUUCCUUUGCCAAAGAACCAACAAGAGUCGUGAGGCUGCUGGAGUAGCUGAGUCAUUUGACAAUGCCUACGUGGACGACAUGACUGAUGUGUCCAACUUGCAUUUUCGCUACAUCUAUUAA